AUGGGCUCCAGACGCACGGUGCUGCGCCGGCAGCAGAGCACCACCGGCCGGCUGCCCCUCUACAUGAUGCAGCUCUACCGGAACAUGCUGACCGAGGACCGGCGGGCCGGCGCUGAGGACAACCCCGGUCUGCACGACUCCGACUCUGUGGUCAGCCUCGUCGCCAAACGCUGCCAUCAGAAUGGCAAGAGGUGGUCCGUCACCUUUGACCUGUCCACCAUGUCCACGAGCGACGACGUGCAGCUGGCCGAGCUCCGCAUCCGCCUGCCCGCCUUCGCCGAGUCUUCCCGGGCCUCGGUGGACGUCUACCACUCGCACGGGGAGCGGUGCUCCGGCAAACGCUGCGCGGAGAGCAGGCUGUUCCUGGGCCGCCUGGGAGCUCAUCCCAGCUCAAUGGUCUCCCCCUCCUCCUGGAAGGUGUUCAACAUGACGCAGACUCUCCGCCGCUGGCUGCGGCAGGACCGCUCCGCUCAGAGGAUGGAGGAGGAGGAGGAGGAGGAGGAGGAGGAGGAGGAGGCUGAGGCGCUGGGAGAGCAGGAGGGAGACGAACACCCUACAGCCGACCGGGUCAUGAUGGUGGUCUUCUCCAGGCAUAUCACCAACAGCCAGAGAACGCCGACGCUCAUCCGCACGGCGGAGCACUCCAAGUACGUCAGCCUGGACAAGGAGCGAGCGGCGGCGAGCUCCAGCUCCGGGAUGAGGAGGGACAGGGCCAAGAGGCACCACCACCACGCCCGGCAACAGAGGCGGAGCCUGCCCAGAGCCGCUCAUGUCGACAAGCCAGAGGAGGAGAAGAAGGGGCCUCUCUGCAGGAAGGUGGACAUGUGGGUGGACUUUGAGAAGAUCGGCUGGAGCGAGUGGAUUGUUUAUCCAAAGCGGUACAACGCCUACCGCUGCGAGGGGAGCUGCCCCACACCAGUCGACGAGACCUUCACCCCAACCAACCACGCAUUCAUGCAGAGCCUCCUGAAGCUCCACCACCCGGGCAAGGUGCCGUGUGUGUCGUGCGUGCCGACGCGCCUGGCGCCACUCUCCAUGCUGUACUACGAGAACGGACAGAUGGUCAUGAGGCAUCACGAGAACAUGGUGGUGGAGGAGUGCGGCUGCCACUGAGCAUAAGACUCGCAGACCUUUACAAACAGAACUGAGCCGCUCAGAGGCACAAAGUGGACGAACCGAUUGUCCACAGGCACUUUACAGAGGCGUCCCAGGUUGACUCUGGGACAGAGGCUACUGCUGGGACGCAGGACAUGAAGGAAUUGAACUGUGCAUCCUGGACACUGCUCCCUAAAAUUAAGUAAAUGAAGUGACUGAAGUUGUGCGAUGGAUUGCAAGUAGAUCAGCUAAAAUUCAAGGUUAUUAUAGGCUGAUCAUGAUACUGAGCGACAUAACGGCACAAUCAGUCACCGACCGAAGCACUGCAGAGGAUUCACGAACUC